CAACAUUUUCCUGCCUCCUCUAACUCUUUCCUGCUUCCUCAACUCAGCACAGUUUAACACAUCGCUUCAGACUUGACAGACAUUAAUCGAGCAAAGAUGCCUCACGCUUAUCCUUUCCUCACUCCCGAGCAAAAGAAGGAGCUCAGCGACAUCGCUCAUAGGAUUGUCGCUCCAGGCAAAGGCAUCCUUGCCGCCGACGAGUCCACAGGUAGCGUCGCUAAGCGCUUCCAGAGCAUCAAUGCUGAGAACACAGAGGAGAACAGGAGGCUCUACCGCCAGCUGCUCUUCACCGCCGACGACCGUGUCAAGCCCUGCAUUGGUGGCGUCAUCUUCUUCCACGAGACCCUCUACCAGAAGACCGAUGACGGAAAGCUGUUCCCUCAGCUCAUUAAGGAGAGAGGCAUGGUCGUGGGCAUCAAAGUAGACAAAGGCGUGGUUCCAUUGGCUGGUACCAACGGAGAGACCACCACUCAGGGUCUGGAUGGGCUGUAUGAGCGUUGUGCUCAGUACAAGAAGGACGGUGCUGACUUUGCUAAGUGGCGCUGUGUGCUGAAGAUCACCCCCACCACCCCAUCUCACCUGGCCAUCAUUGAGAAUGCUAACGUGCUUGCUCGCUAUGCUAGCAUCUGUCAGAUGCAUGGCAUUGUGCCCAUUGUGGAGCCUGAGAUUCUGCCCGAUGGAGACCACGAUCUGAAGAGGUGCCAGUACGUGACAGAGAAGGUCCUGGCAGCUGUGUACAAGGCCCUGUCUGAUCACCACGUCUACCUGGAGGGCACCCUGCUGAAGCCCAACAUGGUGACAGCUGGACACUCACACGCACACAAGAACACUCCCCAGGAGAUCGCCAUGGCAACCGUCACCGCUCUGCGUCGCACUGUUCCCCCAGCCGUCCCUGGUGUCACUUUCCUGUCUGGAGGCCAGAGUGAGGAGGAGGCCACCAUCAACCUGAACGCCAUUAACCAGUGCCCCCUGCAUAAGCCAUGGGCUCUGACUUUCUCCUAUGGCCGCGCUCUGCAGGCCUCUGCACUCAAAGCCUGGGGAGGAAAGAAGGAGAAUGGGAAGGCCUGCCAGGAGGAAUACGUGAAGAGAGCUCUUAAUAACAGCCAGGCUGCCGUUGGCAAGUACGUCUCUAAGGGAGACAAAGGUGCUGCUGCUGGAGAGUCUCUGUUUGUGGCCAACCACGCCUAUUAAGCACAGACUCUACGCACUUCACACCUUCAGAAAUGGUUACUAACCCCGCCCACGCAAUUAAUAUGUGGUUUAUUGCUCCCAUUCACUUUUCCCCACUCCUCUCAUUCCCUCUUUACCUUUUGUUCCAGACUCUUCGUGUGGGUAGUAUCACUGUGAGGGAGAUAGAAAUGAGACAUGUCACUUUUUUUUUAUAAUUUAAUCUUGGAGUUGCAACUAUGCACCUCCGUGUAAGAGAGAAGAUUCUGUGGAGCUCCGCCCCCAUUCCCUCCUAUUAUCUUAGACUGACUCUAUUGGGUGGUCUAAGCCCCUCCCCUUAACCACAUGACCCACCUCCUGGGUUUUUAAACCACCACCCCUACCCCCAAUUGUCUGUUUCUCUGUGAUACAAUCAUCAUGAUUCCUAAAUAGAUGUGCCUUCUUCUCUCACAGUGCACUAAAUGGAAGAAGACCUUGUAUAGGUUUAUUGUUAUUACUGCUGAUGUAUUGUAAUACACAUACAGGA